AUGUCUCAGGACGAGAAGCAGGCCACCAAGCUGUUCGAGAGGACCACGCCCGGCGUGGUCUCGAUCUCGAAGGAUCCCGCGCCGGCCCAGGCGGCGACCAUCAGCGGCGACGAGGGCUCCGUUGGCUCCAUCCAGGGCAGCGGCUUCGUGUGGGACGACAGCCACGUGGUCACGAACUCCCACGUCAUCCAGGGCAUCAGCAAGCCCUACGUCACCUUCCUCACCUCCGACCCGCGGACGGGGAAGGUCCGGCGCACCACGCUGGACGCGGUCGUCGUCGGCUCCGACACCGUCAGCGACGUGGCAGUGCUGCGGGUGGAGCCCCGCGGCCGGGGCCAGGCCGACGGCGUGCCUCCGGACCUGAUGCAGGCCCUGCCGCGCGGGACCUCCAGCAACCUGCUGGUCGGGCAGAACGUCUUCGCGUUCGGCAACCCGUUCGGCCUGGAGCACAGCCUGAGCCGCGGCAUCAUCAGCGGCGUGUCGCGCAAGAUGGAGGGCGCCGGAGGCCGGCCCAUCAGCGGCGUGAUCCAGACGGACAGAAACGUGGACAGCAUCAUCGCGAAGGGCUUCGUGCGGCGGCCCGUUCUGGGCAUCGUCUUCGCCCCCGACGUGAUGUCCGAGGAGCUGCAGCUGCCCGGCAUCAUGGUCAUGAAGGUCGUCCCCGGGGGGCCUGCGGACCUGGCGGGCGUGCGGCCCAUGCGGGGCGGCCGCCUCGGCGACGUGGUCCUGGGCAUGGAGGGCCGGCGGGUCUCCUCCACGGACGACCUCUUCGGCGUGCUGGAGCAGAAGAAGCCGGGGGACACGAUCUCGCUGACGGUGCAGCGCGCCACGACCGACGUGGAGAGCGACAGGACCGAGGAGAAGGUCCUGACAGUGACGCUCGGCGCCGCGGACGCCCCCAAGGCGUCCUGA